CCAGAAAAGGUGGCAAGCAAACCAGCUCAAGAAAAAGUACAAGAUAAACCCAAGACGCCAGGCAAAACUAUUUAUAAAGAUGAAGAAGCGGCUAAAGCUGCACUUGCAGAGAGACGUAGACUAGUGAAAGAACAAGCAGAGAGAGAAGCUGAAGCAGAAAGACUGAGACAAGAAGAAUUAAGGCGUCAAGAAGAAGAAAGAAUACGACAAGAAGAGGAAGAGCAGAGAAGAUUGGAGGAGGAAGCUAUAAGAUUAGCAGAGGAACAUAGAAAGGCAGAAGAAGAAAGGCUACAAAAGGCUAUAGAAGAAAAGGAGAGACGCGAUAGAGAAGAAAAGGAAAGAGCUGAAGAAGAAGCAAGACAGAAAGAGGAAGCUGAGAGGAAAGCCAAAGAGGAAGCAGAGAAACGUCAGAAGGAAAUGGAAGAAAAAUUAAAACGUGAGGAAGAAGAAAGAGAAGCCAGAAGAAAGCGUAUUGAACAAAUCAUGAAAAGAACACGACGAGGUGGGGCCAAGACAGAAGAAGAUGAAAAGAAAGACAGUGAGACUAAAAAUACUGAAAAGAAACACGAAAUCAGCAAGAAAGUUGAUUCUGAGCAAACCUCAGAGGAAUCUGAUAAAACAUCAGAACAGCCACCAAACACUAAAAAUAAUGUCUCUGAACAGAAAGAGGAGGAAAGCAAACAAGAAGAAAAUGAGAAAACUACAACAGUAGAGAAUGGUGAAAAUGAGCAACCCUCGUCAGAUUUAGAAACUUCAAAAACUUUGACGACGCCAGAUGACCAAGUGCUAAUUGAUUUCACUAAGAAGGAAAAGACAGAAGAUGAAGAAGAUGAAAAAGACAUAGAUACCACAGAGAAUGGUGGACAUGUUUCUAGUGCAAUAGUUGAGUCUGGAGAUGACAGUGUAAAAACAGUGCCUGUUAUAAAUGAAACUGUGUCUGAAGAAGUGAUUAACACAGUUGAGAAUUAUACUCAGUCCAAUGCUGGUGGAGAUGUGUCAUUGCUGGGCGAUGAACCUCUUUUAGGUGAUGCUGGAUCACAGGAUUAUGCUACUAAUGAUGGUCAUGGUGAUUGGCAGGCAGAUAUUAAGAUGACCACAAAUGGUGAUGCAGGUGCCGUUACUAUAGAUACUAGUCUUCAAGAUGUCUCUUCAGAGAGGGUCGAGCUUGAUGGUUCCAUGACUACUACUACUACUACUAUUACAACUACAGAAAAAUUACAGCAGCCAUUUACUUCAUCUGAUUCAUUUAAUUCAAAUUAUGUAGAUAAAAAUAGUGAGCAGCUAAUAGAAAAUACUAUUACUACUACUACUACUACAGUUACUAGAGAGGAUAGUACAGAAACGUUCUAAACCACUCCAUCAUCACUACUUAGAUUGCCGAAGAAGUAGUCAAUCUCAUCGUAAAUUACCAGAUCUUAGUCAGUGUGUCGUAAAACAUUCUACCAAAAAUUUCAAAGAUAUGUGUCAUAAAUCUGAUUCUGUUUUCAUAAGAACUCUUACUUUGCCAUUGGAUGAAGAAGAGUCAAUGUGGAGGGACGUCGAAAUAGUUAUGAGAGAGAGAAAAUAUGAUAUUGAAAGUAAUCUUGGAAUUGCAGAAGAAGAUGAUGAUUCCGAUGGAGAUGAAGGACAGUUGUGGAGAUUUAUUCAGAAUGAGUCAGUGUCUGAUGAUGCAGAUUUAGUGUAAAAAAAGUAUCACAGCUUUAUGUGUUUGAUGUCCAUUAUAGUACCUUGCACAUGUUUAUCCAGCCACCCCUCUUACAGAAUGAAUUCUCCUUAAAACAAGGGAUUUCUUGGUGUUGCUGUAGUUUUCAAAUAAAUACAUCAUAGGUAGACUGUAUAAUUAAGUAAAUUUCCUUGAAAAGCAUAAAGUGUGUGAGCUGCCUGCAGCUAAAAUAUUGAAAAAAGUGACUUUUUAAGGCAACUCAAGAUAUUAGGUAUUUAUAAGUAAGAUUUAGUUUUUAAAAUUCGGUUGAAUCAACUGAUAGUGGGAAUUACAACUUGUGCUAAAAUUGAUAAUGAUUUUUUUUUUUUCACCUGAAAUGAACUGAGAAAAUGUGCAUGGCCAUAAAUUGAAUAAGAGUAUUCUUAAAAAUUUUCACUGACAGUCUAUUUUACUAAAUUUGCUGUUUCAUUUGUUGAAAUUUGCAACAUUUUGUUUUUUCUUGAAUUUAUUGAUGGGAACGAGUAACGAAUUUUGGGGAGACUAGAUUCAAAAAAUGUCUGAUAUUCCAAAAAUCUGUAAUUUUACACUUCUUGUUGUAUGUGAUGCUUGCUUACUGCGUGUUGAUAGAAUGACAUCAUUGCUUAUUUGUACAUAGCUUAAUUAUCGAGUGAUGGCGCCAUCUAUGUUAGUUUUAUUUUACAUAUUAUUUGUAUGAAUAUUGCAUCCAGGUGAUAGAAGGGAGGUCCUAUUUGGUCAAGCUACAAUCAGGAAAUCUUGCCAUACCGUACUAGCUGCCACUAUGCAGUUGUUUUCCAAUGCAUAAAACUGACUAAACAGUCACUCAUUCCUCGUUCACCCCCCCCCCACCACCACCCCCCCCCCCACCACACACACAUGCAUAACUACCUUGAUUAACUGCAAAGUAGUUGUAUCGUUGGAAUCGUUGUAAGGCAUCAACCAUGUGACACCAUUUUUUUUUGCAUUUUUUUUUGUGAAACAGAAAUAUUAUUUCUGUAAAUAUUAAUAGCCUGUUUGAUCUGAUUUUUUUUACUAGGUACUUGAAAAUGAAGAAACAUUUCAGCUUUCUCUUCCAGACAGCAUGAAUGAAUUUGAAAUUUAAACCAUGUUUUUUUUUAAAUUUAUAUUUAGAUUUAAAGUAGAUUCAUUUCUAGUUCAUGAAAAUAAGAUUGAUAUCACAGUACACAUUAAGGGGUUAAAUUAAAAGAAAAUUUAGUUUCUUUUGAAAAUGUUUGCAGUUACUUCCCCUCCCCUUCCAACUUGAUAAGUCAUCUCCUGUUUUGCUGUACAAGUUUAUACUAUGAAAGAACUUUAGUACCCAGUGCAAUAUUUUAUAUACAAAUCUGCUAAAAUUUGUUGCUGUUGCAGAACAACCAAAGCAUCAUAUUGAAGAAUACAUUCACUAACACAAUAGACUGAUGCUAUAGUGUAUUUUGCCACCAGACAAUCUAUUCAAAUCAUGAUUUCUAGUCUCUCACAAAGCAUUAGCAUUUUUGCAUAAAGUCUGUUACAAGAAUACUGGAAUUCUACAAUAUAUAUAUAUCUAUAUAUAUAUACACACACACACACACACGCACACACGCACACAUGCAUAUAGGGGAAGCUACAGUUGGUGCUUAUAAAGGGUCUUAGCUUAUUUGAUCUUAUAUCAGAAUUCAUGAUUGUCCAGCCAAAAUGGAGAGUUCUGAACAGAUAUUUAAACAAUACACUAUUGAAAUUAUGCGUAGGCAGUAUAAUUGCUAAUUCCACUAAAGUGGCAUCUGUCAACUACCAUAGACUAGUCCAAGCUGAUAUGCUUUUCUGGGUAGGCUGAAUGUGAAAUUGAUGUACUCAUUGAGGGCGACAGGCGCCCUGUUUUUGCUAAUUUACAUAACAGUAGAACUUGUUAAUUACGUAUUGUAUUCAUUUAUUUUAUAAUGGUCUGAGAGAACUAUUGUUGAGCUUGUCAAGGCAAGUAGGCUGGGUGGCAUACUGUGUCCUAUUGAUCAGCAAUUGAAUUUUUCAGCUGCCAACUCUUAUUUUUACUUCAGCCCAACAACAAAUGCUAGAUUUCAUUAAAGUGUUUCAUUGAUGUUAAAUAGGUACAUUCACUUUCACCAGAUUUUUUUUUUUGUAAUUGUCAAUACUUUGUUAAAGCUGUUGCCAUGGUACAAAUGUUCCUGUUACAUGGGAUCUCUGCUUGUGAGAUUUUUGAACAUUGUAGCUGUGUUUUCAGCAAUAAAUUGCUUGUAAAAUAAAGGUGGAACAAAGU